GCGAGGUUUGCUGAUCUCUCGUUGUUUGUUUACAACCUGAGAACUUCCUGCCAGCUUGUGAGUUGCUUUGUCCCUACUAGCUAAGCUAUUUUGCUAAUUUAACUUCACAAGUCAGUUUUCAAAAUGGGAUGUGAUGGUGGCACGAUUCCGAAAAGACACGAGUUGGUAAAAGGCCCCAAAAAGAUAGAGAAGGUUGAUAAAAAUGCAGAGCUGGCCGCCAAAUGGAAGUACUGUGCCUUGAGCCAGGAAAAACUCAGACGCCCCAUCGUUGCUUGUGAACUGGGAAGACUCUACAACAAAGAUGCUAUCAUUGAAUAUCUUCUGGAUAAGUCUGCGGAGAGGCCCAAUGCGGAGGCUGUUGCACACGUUCGUGGGAUAAAAGAUAUUAAGGAGCUAAACCUGACUGAUAAUCCAGAAUGGGAGGGAGAAAGAAGAAAUGCUAAAGGAGACCGUUAUGAGGACAUCCACUGUGGCAUGUUCAUUUGCCCCGUUGUUGGCCUAGAGAUGAAUGGCAAGCACAGGUUUUGCUACCUGCAGACCUGUGGCUGUGUCUUCUCUGAUCGUGCACUGAAGGAGGUUAAGGCAGAAAUCUGCCACAAGUGUGGGGACCCAUUUAAAGAUGAGGACAUCAUUGUGCUUAAUGGCACUAAGGAGGAGAUGGAGAUGCUGAGGGCGAAGAUGGAAGAGAGGCGGGCCAAGGCCAAAACUAAGAAAUCAAAGAAGAGCAAAGCUGCUGAAACAGUGUCUACUUCACCAGAAUCCAAAGAAGAUGCUUCGUCUCUACAAGUGGAUGUAGCAAAGAGAUCUUCUCUACAAAAUGGUGGUGAAAGCAGCCAGCCAGUUGUAGCUGGACCCUCUGGAGCCUUGAGCUCCUCUAAAGCCUUUGCCACUAAGAGGUCCAUUCAGAAAAUGGAGGAGAAGUCAGAAGUCUUCAAGUCCCUGUUCACCACCCACAGCUCUGCCAAGCGCACUAAAGAGCAGACAUCCAACUGGGUCACCCACACCCCAUAUCACUUCUAGUAGCUAUCACUUAGACCACGUUUUGUUUUAGACCCAUUACUGAUAAAUCUAGUUCUGUAUACCCAAGUCCAACAUACACAUGCUGCACAUUACCCAUGACCUCUAUUAAUGUCACCAAUGUGUGAACGCUUUCACAGUUUGUUUCCUCAUUCCCCAGUGGCUCAGUGUUUACAUGUUGUGAACAUUUAGAUAAUGGCUCCCCAAGCUCUUCAGACUGUCUUGUAACUUGAUUCCUCCCUCAUGUAUUCACCUGUAUCUCUGUGAUCUCAGUCACUGCACCAAGAACUGAGUGACUUUAUCAUCUCUGUCACUCUGCUGCCUCCUAGUGGACAGACUGCAGCAUUUUGAAGCAUUGGCUACAUGGUUGCAACUCGUGCAUAAGCAGUGAGGUAAUAUAUAUAUAUAUAUAGGUUUGAUUUCACUUUUUAGUUAAGGUGGAAAAAAAAUGCAAAAACUCUACAUUUCUAAAGCAGGUCCUACUGGGUUGCACUUGUCUUCAGUAAUUAUUGUCUGUGAAUGCAUUUGUAAUAUAGAUUGCCAGCUUUUCCUCACAGGGUUUAUCUGCAUAUGCUCGGCCCUUAUUUCUUCUUUUUGGAAUUUAUUAAACCACUUUAGCAGAGAACCUUCACAUCAUUUGAAAGGGAAUUGAGGUUUGCACUUUAAAAAAAAUUUAAAGUAUCAUAUUUCUUGAGGCUUCUGAUGUUCAUAAAUCAACCAAAGUUCUCACGGUGCAAAAGGAGCAGAUGCGGUUGUAAUGUAACAAAAUAACAGGAAACAUCAUUUUAACUCAGUAUAUUUCCUCCCUAAAGGUGUUUCCAGUUAUCUGUGCUGAUCUCAGUUUUUUUUAAAGAAGUGAAAGUCGCAAUAUGUCACAUUUGUGAUCGAUUUACAUUUUAUGCACACUUUUCUUUGCAUGUAAUGAGCAAACAAAAUACAUUUAUACUCAA